UUUAUGGCAAGCGUUGCGUUUCAAAGACAGUUGAGUUUUGGUUUUGGCUCGAAUUGGAGGCUCUGUAGCCGGGUGCGUGUUCUAUCGUUGUUUCAAUUGUUCAGUUAUGGUUAAAGUGCGCAAAUUAAGCGUAAUAGGCGAGCUCCAAAUGUGCCCCAAUGGCCUGUAAAUGUGGUCCAUAAAUCAGAAUACAUUUUGCACUCCGAAUUUUCAAAAUACGACCUGACAAUGAUUGCUUUAAAUUGGUUCGAUGUGAUACCCGUCGCGACUUCUGUGGUUUUCAUUUUUCUUGUGCAAGUUUUCAAUGUCUAUUGGCAUAUACUGACCGAUGAUAAUGCGGAAGAUAUCGAGAAAAUAACAUGCCUGCCAGUGGAUACAAGUGCAACGACACCAUCAUCGUCAUUAUCGUCAGCCAAUGUUAUAGCCAAUGGCAAUGGCAAACUGGAGAAGCAGGCGAGCAUUUUGGAUACCGAUAGUGCCAUUUCAUUGUCCUCUGCCAACAAUCCUGCAACAUCCGCAACAACAACGAAUUCAUCACCAACAUUAAGCACACACAAUGGUUUCCUCACACACACGCUCAGCUUUGAAACAUUGGGCGAUGAGUACCACGAAGACGAGGACACACUCUCACUGGAGAAUCUCUUUCCGUGCGAUCAAACGGAAAUCUAUGCCUCCAAGAAAAUUAGCUUCAUAAUUGACGAGCUAAUACAAACUGAAGUCAAUUACGUGGCCAAUUUGCGCAAAGGACUCAGCAACUAUGGCAAGUUACAGGACUGUGAGCAUUUGCCAGAUGGACUGCGAGGCGAGGAAAGACAGAAACAGCUGCUGAGCAAUAUAUCCGAGAUAUUGGAGCUGCACGAGCGGGAAAUUCUUCCGCUGAUGUUGCGCAAUCAGCGCGAUCUGAAAGGCCUCUUCGAUGAGUUUGCAGCGCACUUUGAGAAAAAUCAUCUCUAUUGCUACGUCACCUUCACCAUGGGUAAAAAAUCUUCGAUGCAGCUGCGCCAGGAGCACCGUGAAUGGCUGCAGAAUUAUCAAACUUCAAUAAAAGACAAACUGGGCAUUGACAGUUUUCUAGUGCAGCCCAUACAAAGACUGACAAGAUAUCCAUUGCUGUUGCAGCAAUUCAUAUCGGAAUUCUACAAGAGCGGCAUUAGUUGCAAGCCCGUCUUGAGCGCUGUUUGCAAAUUGGAGACCCGCCUGCGCCGCCAACUCGAUGUGGUCAACCAGGCCGAGGAGAUACCCAACAUAGAUGAACUAAAUGAGUUCGAUCUGCUGCAGCAGGGCCACUUCAGACGGGCCACGGAGUUCGAGGCGCAACAUUUUCCCACACGCAAAAAGUAUCGGGCCAAGGUCUUUCUCUUCGAUCGCUGUUUGGUCUGCACGGAGGUGCGAAAGCGUCGUCUGGCCUACCGACAGCACUACAAUUGGGAGCAUGUGGAGCUGCAGCGUCCGCUGGAGCUGGCCACGUCUAAUGCCACUAAGACUAUCACCUUGCUGGUGAAGCUGGACAAGGGUGGAGGCAAACGGGAGGAGUAUUCCUUUGUGGCGGCCGAGGCCUCUGUGGUCAAGCAGUGGCUGCAGGCCACGCACAAGAUAAUCGAGAUUGCGCGCUACGAGUAUGCGAGACGAGACACCUUCUCGUUGCCCAUGGACCUGGUUUUGGGUGUGGGUCUGUCCAUAUGGCUGAUUUGGCAAUACUUGUAGACAAACUCUCGAGUUGUGUGCAGAAUAAAGUUAAGUUGUUUUAAGCAUG